CACAAUGACUUCCAGUUAAAAAGCCCAAACACGCAUUUGCAGGUAACAUGAGUUUAAACGUGAAGACGCUGUGAGGACUGAUCGAUGACAGUCAUCGGGGCUGAUCUGUGAUCAGAUCUGCGGUAAAGCUGCAAAUCAAUGUGUCACGUAUCACACGUAGAGGAUUGGAAAUGAGGAAAUAAGAGGAAACGACACUUCAUAUCCGAUUACCGCCCUACUCCUCACCGCCGCCUCUCAGCUUCUGCUGAUAAACUAAAGAAGUGAAGGUUUCAUCAGACAGACGUGCAGACUGUGUGGUGUACGCUAGUUUUCAAACCGAGGUCCGUGUCAACAGGAGAGGUCGUCAUGAAGCUGGUGGUCUUCCUGCUCCUCCUCCAGGUGUUGGGAUCUGCAGACGGCAGGUGUUUCUGUCAGGUCACAGGUGAACUGGACGACUGCGCUUGUGACGUGGAGACCAUCGAUGGCUUCAACAACGAGCGGCUUUUCCCCAGACUUCAAACUCUCCUGGAGUCUGAUUAUUUCAGGUUUUACAAGGUGAACCUGAAUAAGCCGUGUCCUUUUUGGACGGUCAACAGUCACUGUGGUGUGAGGGACUGUGCUGUGAAGCCAUGCUCUCCUAAUGAGGUGCCAGAGGGGAUCAGAUCACCCUCCCACAACAAGUAUUCAGCAGAAGCAAACGAGCAGCUGGACGAGUGUGAGAAAGCUCAGCAUCUUGGAGCUGUGGACGUCUCUUUAAGUGAUGAGACCAGAGAGGCUCUGCUCGACUGGAGCAAACAUGAUGACGAGGCCGAACGCUUCUGUGUGGUCGAUGACGAGGAGUCGCCGGACUCCCAGUACGUCGACCUGCUGCUGAACCCGGAGCGCUUCACUGGCUACAGAGGACCUGACGUCUGGCAGAUCUGGAACAGCAUCUAUGAGGAAAACUGCUUCAAACCAUAUACUGUCAAACGACCACUGAUGCCAAAUUCCUUACGUAGCAGCUCAGGAGGUGAAGCAAGGACCUUCCAUAGCUGGCUAGAAGGUCAGUGUGUAGAGAAAAGAGCUUUCUAUCGCCUCAUCUCAGGCCUCCAUGCCAGCAUCAACAUACACCUGAGCGCCAGAUACCUCCUAGAGGACAGCUGGAUACAGAGGUGGGGUCACAAUGUUUCAGAGUUCAGGCAGCGUUUCGAUGCAGAGCUGACAGGUGGCGAGGGGCCCAAGAGGCUCCGCAACCUCUACUUCCUGUACCUGAUAGAGCUGCGAGCUCUGGCCAAAGUCCUACCGUUCUUCCAGCAGCCGUCCUUCCGGCUGUACACCGGCAGACCUGAGGAGGACCAGAAGCACAAAGAGCUGCUGCUGCAGAUCCUGCAGAUGGCCAAAUCUUUCCCUCUGCACUUUGAUGAGAACUCUCUGUUUGCCGGUGACAAAAAGGACGCAGCCAAACUGAAGGAGGACAUCAGACUGGCCUUCCUCAACAUCUCCAGGAUCAUGGACUGCGUGGGUUGUUUCAAAUGUCGACUGUGGGGGAAGCUGCAGACUCAGGGAUUAGGCACAGCGCUUAAGAUUUUGUUUUCCGAGCGACAGAUUGAAGCUCUGCCCACUUCCAGUGACCGGCGACCCAGUUUCCAGCUCAGCCGGCAGGAGAUCGUCGCUCUACUCAAUGCCUUUGGAAGGAUUUCCACAAGCAUCCGAGAGCUGAAGAACUUCAGAUCGCUGCUGGAAGAGGAGCGGUGACGGCAUCGAUAGGACAUCACCAUCGAUGCUUUUGAUGGGGCCUUUUUGAAACUGAAAAUCUGUUCUGUUGUGGCCCCAACUGCCUCUGACUGCCAUCGUCCUUUGUCCUGCUGAAAUGUCAAUUAGACAUUAAAUCAGAGUUUAGCAUUAACAAAGAUCAGGGCCCGUAUUUAUCAAACUACUACAAGUCAAAUCUUUGAUGAUGAUAGAUUAGCUGUAGCAGGAUAAUUAAGACUAGAGUAGUUUUAGUCUGUUGUUAGCACUUGUAUUUGUUUAUAUGUUACAGCACUUUUCUUUGUUUUGGUGUUUAUCAGGCUUUAAAACAACAACCAGAAUAAAUCAGACACUGAUUUUAGUUACACUCACAGUCUAAACAUCUUCAUUGUCUGCACUUGUCAGUCUGGACCUAAAUUCUCCUUAAUAUCUGAUUUCUCUCAUCUACCAAUAGCAGAAUAUCUCACAGCAGAAUUUUGUUUCCAUUUCAGCCAAUUUCCUUUAUUAUACCAUAUAUAUACUGCAAAUUUCCCAUGUUAAUUAUUCCAAAAGAAUAUAUAUUUAAAAUAUUUCACACAAACAAGAAAUGAUAAUCACAUGAGGUCUUGUAGAAUAACAAUCACUGAAUAAACUGUAAGGUGUUUUUUUGCUUGUUUUUGAAGAAUGUACAAUAGCAGAUGUAGAUGUAUUCCCUCUCUGAAUGUGUGUUAAUGCUCAAACUCAGGCAACAGUUUUUUUGUUCUACUACAAGUUUGAUAAAUACGGGCUCAGCUUUCAUUAAUUUAAGUUCACUCAUUUUAUUUGGAGAGAAUUAAGUCCUGAAGUUUGUCUUUUAACCUUUCUUCCAGGUGCCUGUUUCUGAUUUCUCUUUGUUGUGUGAGACUGUAAUAAUCGCUGCCAUAAUGUCUGAAGAGUGUAAAUUCAGGUAUUUCUUUAAGGUAAAACCAUCUUUGACCAAAAUCAUUUCACAUUAUUUUCCUGCAUCGACUGAAAUCUGCUAUACCUAACUAUUUCCAGUGGCUUUUUGUUGUUGUGACUCUGUUGCCAUCCUGAAGAUGGCGCUGUUUGCACAAAAAACUGAUUUUUAUAUUUCACCUAAUGAACUUGAAUGUAAAAUCAAAUUGCUUUGUUAAAAGGUCUACAGGAAGAAUUUAACGUAAGCAAGAGACAUAAUGUGAGUUGAAGUGAAAAUAAUAUAUGUUUAUUUUAUCACAACUUUUCAUAAGACCAUCAUAAGAACUGUAGACUGUGUUUGUGUCUUUGUAAACAUUGGCAUUAAAUAACAAAGACACUUGUUUGUUGUGAAAUUA